UUUUGGUUUUUUUUGAAGAGGUCUGCCUGGCAGAGAAAUGGUUGUUUGGUAUAGCCAACUUUCCCUUGUUGCCUUCAGUUACUCACAUCCCUUUUAACUGCAGUUUUAAAUCCAAAUUUCCAUCACUUAAACGUAGAAGCAUUUUAAAAAACCAAAUACCAUCCAAAUAUGUACCAUUUGGGCCAGGAGUGACGGAUGAGACUGCUCAGUAACUUCUAUAUCACAGCAUGGCCAUACGUGCUAACACAUCACCUUAUGGCCCGGCAAAUAGCUUUCAGAAACCAGAGUGCCACGAGAUGUGCCCUGGUUCUUCCCACCGAAUCCUCCCUGCAUCACUCCCGGACAUUUCCGUCUCCUUCUAGUCUUCCUUCUACCCUGAAGCCCACAGUACACAUCAGCUCCUGCACAGAGAGGCUGUGGUUCUGCCCGGCAUCUGGGUCUUUGAAAACCCAAACAAGCUGUGCAGAGGACAGACUGAGAGAAUUAGGCUGCCAAGCCUGAUCUCCCAUUGCUGUUCCGCUGUGUCACUUCUUUGCCCGCUGCCCGCCCACUGCCCUGCCUGAGGGCUGCCCUUUCGGCACUAUUGACCCGCGUAGGAGCCCCGAGCUGAGUCCAGAAGAAACUCCGCCCAACAUGUGAGGACGGACAUAUCCUUCCUGGUCUCCGCUCAUUCACACAUUCAGAAUCUCCUGUCCCUUCAAAUACCAGCUUCUGAGGCCAUGAUGAGGGUUUGUUUUUUAAUGAUAUCAAAUAAACUGUCAGCAAAAGUGCUUUGAGUUCCAGAAGUGAUGACACAAUAUUAGUUUCAAAAGAAGUCCUAGUGAGAGGAAUGAAAAACGCAAGGCCGUUACCUUCUUUUCCAUCUCCUAGUUCUGUUUCAAGACUUUUCUAGAAACUAUACUUCUCAAGACAAGAGGCUGAAAUGGAUCCCACAUUUGAAUAAUCAGAGACCUUUCCCUGAGGCUGGAGUAUAGAAAUGUUGCGUAGUCAUCUGCCCCUUUGGAUUUGGUGUAACUGUGAGAAGGUAUCGUCCGGUGACGGAGCGGUGAGCCUAGGGAAUGCAGGCAGCAAGAUGAAAACCUCCUGGCCUGACUUCAUGGAGAUGUCAGAGUUUCUCACUGUCUACCUGAAAAGCAGCUGUAAUGACAUUUGACUUCUCUGAACCUUGUCUGGUGGGAAUGCUGGAAGCUGUAACAGCAGGCAGGGUUUAUUUUUCCUAUUGCUUUCCAUCCGUCUCCUUGCUGUUCUCUUCGUAAGAACGGAUAACACCACGCAGGAUCGUCACACCCUGCUGGGCGUGUUUCUGGAGCUGCCUAGCAGGCUGGGUAGCAGGCAAAUACCAGAAAUGCCAGCCACAAUUGGUGGGGGUUUUCUGGAAAAUCUAUUUUCCAGGAGAACAUAAGGAAUAUUAAACAAUAUUCUCUGCCACCUGCAUUUUUUCUGGGUUUAGACUCCUCAGUUGGGGAGUGAUAUAGACUGUACGGGUUUUUCCUCUACUGAAAGUAUCCUUGCAUUGACUUUGUCUUAACUACACAGCUUGAGGAAAGCCAAAGAUUAUAACCUAUGACGAGGUAGUGCAGCAGAUGAGAAUUGUGUUAGUCACUGUUUAGCCUUUGGGCUUAGGUGAGUCGAGAAGACAAGUUGUCACCGUGAAGGCCAAAACGUAGACAUUUCAAGGACGCUCUGAACCUUAGAUUGGAAGACAGAGUACCUCUGAUGGUCCAGCUCCAAGAUGAGCACAACAUGGAGAAAUAUUUCCCCAUAUCAUUGUAAUUGUUGUAUUUUCUGGUGAUGAAGAAAUAGUACCAAAAAUCCUCAGGACCCUUCAGUUCUGUUAGUCAAAAUUAUUUCUAUUUUUCCCCUUUUCCUUCCUUUAAAAAUGAAGAUUUUACUCUAACAUCAAAAUUGUGAUCCUUUCUUACCAAGUUUCCAAUUGAAGCCACAUGGCUUGAUUUUAUAUAUAUGCAUAAAAAAAAUUUUUUUUUGAGCUGGAACUGUUUUAGUGGUAAAGAAAUAGGUUUUAACCAAAAAAAGAUUAUGUCCUUUUUCCAUCUGGCUACCUUAGGCUAAGAGAAAAACAAAAGACUAAUUUAAAAAUCAUGAAGUUUAAUUUCCCUUGUAGCAAACUAGUAGACCUUUAGCAUAAGUGUAAUCAAACUGGAAACCACUAAGACCUUUACUUCAUUCCUUCAGUUAAAUAUAUUGGAUACUUGUGUAACUGUUUCAUAUGCAUAGACAUUUGCAAUAAAAAUGGCAAAUUAUAUAACUCAGGCAAGUGGAGAUAGUGGAGCACGAUGGAAAGAUCACACGGCUGACUUCUGAUAAAGGUCUCGGUGAAUAUUUAUGAUGACUGUACAAGGCUAGUUCCUGAAUCAAGCUGACUUGAGUUCAAGGCAGCCCCGCUUAAUGGUAUGUGUGUCUUGGGCCAUCACCUCACCGGAGUCUGUUUCUUCACCUGCUGUAUAUGUAUGAUUGUUGGGAAGACUAAAUGAGAUAAUCCAUGUAGAGUUUAUUGCACGGUGUCUGGCACAUAGUAACUGCUCUGUUGAAUGGUAACUAUCUUCAAUAGUCCACUCAGCUCUCUGACCUUGGGUAAGCCCCUUUGUUCCUUUAACUCUUGGCUUCUCUAUUUGUAAAACAAGAAAUCUAUACCCUACCUGCCUGUGGUAUCGUUAUGAGGACCAAAAGAGAGCAUGUCUUGAAAAGCCUUAUAAAAGUGAAUAAAUGGGGCAUCUGGGUGGCUCAGUCGGUUGAGGUCCAACUUGGGCUCCGGUCAUGAUCUCACAGUUUGUGGAUUUGAGCCUCGCAUCGCACUUUGAGCUGACAGGGGGGGGAUCCUGCUUUGGAGUCUGUCUCCCUCUCUCGCUGCCCCUCACCUGCUCAUGUGCACUCUCUCUCUCUCUCAAAAAAUUGAACUUAAAAAAAAAAAUAGUAGUAAAAUAAAAGUGAGUUGACAAGCCAGUUGGGAAAACUGAGCUGUACAGAGCAUGACUCAAUUGGGAAACAUUACAAGGCGAUGAUGUGUAGUCAAGUGUUGGCCUGUGAAGACUGAAUAGGCUCAGAGAAAGGCAGUUGUAGACAUUCAGGGAAAGGAAAGAAUAUUGUGGCGUCAUGUUGAGAGGCAGUCCAGACAGAGUAGGGGACCUUCAGCUUAGCCUUGAAAAGACAGGAUGUGCCUGGGAGAAAUGAAUCCUCUUUCCAUUGACAAUUCCACUGGCUAAUGUUUGCUGUGUGUCUCCUCUGGGGUUACAGGCCGAGCUCAUUGGAAGCCUCACCCACAAGCUUGAGACCCUGCAGGAAGCGAAAGGGAGUCUGCUGAUGGACAUCAAGCUCAAUAAUGCCUUGGGGGAAGAGGUGGAGGCUUUGAUCAGUGAGCUCUGCAAGCCGAAUGAGUUUGACAAGUACAAGAUGUUCAUCGGGGACUUGGACAAGGUGGUAAACCUGCUGCUCUCCCUCUCAGGGCGCCUGGCCCGUGUGGAAAACGUCCUUAGCGGCCUCGGUGAAGAUGCCAGUAAUGAAGAAAGGAGCUCCCUCAACGAGAAGAGGAAGGUCCUGGCUGGGCAGCACGAGGAUGCCCGGGAGCUCAAGGAGAACCUGGAUCGGAGGGAGCGUGUAGUGUUGGACAUCCUGGCCAACUACCUGUCAGAGGAGCAGCUCCAGGAUUACCAGCAUUUCGUGAAAAUGAAGUCAACACUCCUCAUUGAGCAGCGAAAGCUGGACGACAAGAUCAAGCUAGGCCAGGAACAAGUCAAGUGUCUGCUGGAGAGCCUCCCGUCUGAUUUCAUUCCCAAGGCAGGGGCCUUGGUUCUGCCCCCAAACCUUGAGAGUGAAACGGCUCCUGUUGGGGGGUGUACUUUAAGUGGUAUUUUUCCAACAUUAACCUCCCCACUUUAACCUCUUCUAAAACACCCAACCAAAAGAUCACCCUUUCUCUCAACACUAUUUAAUCUGAAAAAUGUUUCAGUACAAACCACCAUUUAAACUCUAUGGGUUAUUGGGGUUUUUCUGGAUGAAAGGAAAACAAACAAACAAACUAUCCAGGAAAAAGCCUGUUUCUUCCUUCUCACCCUACAUGAUUGAUCUGAGAGCUUGAAUGCUGCUGGGAACUUACUCCUUUCUAUGAUCACUUUCUAGUAGAAGGAAAAUUAAUGAAACUGUGAGAACUGAUGGGAGGGCGUUCGAUUUAGUUUUUAACAGGCUGAGGCAACUUAGAUGAGUGUCACCCUCAGGAAUGUAUUCACAGUGGCCUUCCUUGCUUGUGGGUGGUAUAUCUUGACAACAGGUAUAAGAACUCAUUAAUGAAGGGUCUGCAACAUAAAGCCUUAAAGAGAAACACCCACAGAAGAAAACUGUAAAACCUUGAACAUUGUCGUUAUUUAUAUUUUUUAAAAUGAGAAAGAUCAUUAUGUUUGUGUGCUAACCACUUAUUUGAUUCUGUUUUGUGGUGGACAUAGGCAGUUAUGUUUGAGCUUUGUACUUUGUGAAAACCUUAAUGAAAUGAAGAAUUCCAAAGAUAAUCA